AUGGAUCUCUGUCCAAAAGGUGCCAAUUCAGUUAUCCAAUAUCAGCCAUUGGCCGAGUCUCUCAUUGACAAGAUGCUCCAAGCGCUCGACUAUCUCAAUUUCAAAGGCGUUGUCCACCGAGAUAUCAAGCCCUCGAAUAGUCUCUAUACGGCUCUACCGAAACGCAGAACGCUCACUCUCCUGUCGGAACUUAGAUCUUUUAUGACCCCUGAAGCGCAGAUUCCGGGAACAUGGCAAACACAGAAGAUGGAUGUCUGGUCACGGUCACUCUUUGUCACUCUCAUCUACGAAUAG